GUCAUUCUUAAAGCACUGGAUGUGGGAACAAGACAUUUCCUAGGAAGAUGGUGGCAGAAAAAGAGACCCUGAACCUAAAUAAAAGUCCAGAGAAGAUGAUGAAGAGGACCAAACUACAGCCGCAACAGCCACUCCCGGUACACCAGCCGCACUCCCUGGUUUCUGACGGCUUCACUGUCAAAGCCAUGAUGAAAAAUUCAGUCGUGAGAGGCCCUCCAACUGCAGGAGCAUUUAAAGAACGACCAACAAAACCCACAGCAUUUCGAAAGUUUUAUGAGCGAGGAGACUUCCCAAUUGCCCUUGAGCAUGACUCCAAAGGAAACAAGAUAGCCUGGAAGGUAGAGAUCGAAAAGCUGGAUUACCAUCACUAUCUGCCUCUGUUUUUUGAUGGGCUUUGUGAGAUGACAUUUCCCUAUGAGUUUUUUGCUCGACAAGGAAUCCACGACAUGCUGGAACAUGGGGGAAACAAGAUACUUCCUGUCAUUCCGCAGCUCAUUAUUCCAAUAAAAAAUGCAUUGAAUCUCCGUAACCGGCAGGUCAUCUGUGUCACACUCAAAGUCCUUCAGCAUCUAGUUGUUUCAGCUGACAUGGUGGGUGAGGCUUUGGUGCCCUACUACCGGCAAAUUCUCCCCAUCCUAAACAUCUUUAAGAAUAUGAAUGUUAACUCUGGAGAUGGCAUUGACUACAGCCAACAGAAGAGAGUAAACAUUGGAGACUUGAUCCAAGAGACACUGGAAGCAUUUGAGCGCUUUGGAGGAGAAGAUGCUUUUAUAAACAUUAAAUAUAUGGUCCCCACCUAUGAAUCAUGCUUGUUAAACUAACAGAUAGAACAGCUGUGUUAAUGGGGAAGGUUCCAUUUAUGUUCUAAUCAUCUAUCUCUGACAUUCUUCAACAUCUUGUUAUUUAUGACUCCUUUUUUCUACAGCUGCUAAAAUAGUGGUUUCUGGGCCAUUAGACUGUUAUCACUGUUGUGAACAAGGCUUUCCAAUACAUAAAUAGUGCCUGUUUCUUAGA